AGGUGGAAACCUCACAGUGUGAUCUGUCUGUACUUGAAAUGAACCCACACUCGGUCGACUCAGACGAUCACACGUCCUUGUGGCCUGUGUAAUAUUGCAGAACGUAUGCCUGACUUGUUUGUGUUCAGUCUGGGUGUUAGUGAGGACACACCCAGGCGUUGUAGGAUUGAAAUGAUGGUUAAAAACCAGCUCUGACAGGUGACAAACCCACCCUCCGAAAACACCGUAUAAAGACGUGUCUACAGAACCCUCGCACAUCUUCUGCCUAUCCUAUUGACGGCUGCUAUUCUGUGAUUAUUUUACAACCACCUCUCAAGCGGCAGCCAUGACUACAUUAGAGACGGCAAUGGAAAUGCUGGUGAAAGUCUUUGAAACAUACGCAAAGGCUGACGGUGAUAAAGACACUCUCACCAAAGCUGAGCUCAAGAACCUAUUGGAGAAAGAGCUGCCUUGUCUGUGCAAGAGACCCAAGUCCGCUGAGAAAAUCGAAGACAAGAUGAGCAAGCUCAUGGACCUCAACGGGGACAAACUGGUCAAUUUCCAGGAAUUUUUGGUGUUUGUGGCAACUGUGACCUGCCUCUCCCGUGAGACCAAGUGAGCGGGCGCACCACAGCCUCGGGUGACACCGACUGCGACAUGAAAUAUGUGUAGUGUUUGGCUGAAUAAAGUGAGUCUGUCUGGA